GCGGUGUGGUGGAGAUGAGAAAGGGUUUUGGUGCGUACUGAGUGAGGAAGAAGAAGAGAUGAGCGUGGAAGAUCUUCCGCGGAAGGAGGUGAACGUGCUGAAGGGUCACGAGGGUGCCGUAUUGGCCGCCAGGUUCAACGCCGACGGAAAUUAUUGCCUCAGUUGCGGCAAAGACCGUACCAUUCGCCUCUGGAAUCCCCACCGUGGCAUCCAUAUCAAGACCUAUAAAUCCCACGGCCGCGAAGUCCGCGAUGUCCACGUCACCCCGGAUAACUCCAAGUUAUGUUCCUGUGGUGGAGAUCGACAGAUCUUUUAUUGGGAUGUUGCCACCGGACGUGUAAUUAGAAAAUUUCGUGGCCAUGAUGGUGAGGUAAAUGGUGUAAAAUUCAAUGAGUAUUCAUCUGUUGUAGUCUCAGCUGGAUAUGAUCAAUCAUUGCGUGCUUGGGACUGCAGAUCCCAUAGUAACGAGCCAAUUCAGAUUAUUGACACAUUUGCAGAUAGUGUGAUGUCUGUUUGUUUAACAAAAACAGAAAUUAUUGGAGGAAGUGUUGAUGGAACUGUUCGAACUUUUGACAUUCGGAUUGGCAGAGAAAUAUCUGACAACUUAGGGCAACCUGUCAACUGUAUUUCACUGUCAAAUGAUGGUAACUGCGUUCUAGCCGGUUGCUUAGACUCUACUCUGCGUCUUUUGGACAGAUCUACAGGUGAACUAUUACAAGAAUAUAAAGGACAUACUAGUAAGUCUUACAAAUUGGAUUGCUGCCUUACCAAUACGGAUGCUCAUGUAACUGGUGGCUCUGAGGAUGGCUUCAUCUAUUUCUGGGAUCUUGUAGAUGCGUCCGUUGUGUCAAAAUUCAGAGCUCAUACCUCAGUGGUAACAAGUGUAAGCUAUCACCCAAAGGAAAACUGCAUGGUAACUGCUUCUGUAGAUGGCACCAUUCGAGUAUGGAAGACAUAAGAAUAAAAUGCAACCACAAACCUUAUCUGGUGUGUCCGCGCGGGUCUAACCGACACUAAUUAAUGUAAUGAUGCUUACUUGUCCAGUUGCAACUGGAGCCCACAGACUUUUUGUAGUAUAGUUGGCAAUCAAGUGGUUGCGAUACUGUUCUGUACCUACAAAUAUAUAUUGUGAUCUGAUCUGUAACUGGUGUUUCUCCAAUGAUCUAACCUCUAGUUCCUUUUAUUUGUAGGCUAGUCGUUUUAA